GUAGCAGCAGCACCACUCGCAGUCAAGCAGCGGGACUCCAGGCACUACUUCCCCAGCUGCUGACGUCAGCUGGCAGCCUGGGCAGUGCUCGCCGCUCCGGACAUAGCGCCGAGAAAAAAUGCUGCUCUCCGUACCGCCAAGGGCAGGAAUCAACCCGUACAGCGGCUUUAACAGCAGAAACAGCAAAAAGCAGACCUAUGCGUCUUUCGGCCACCAGAUGGCUCCCCCUAGUCCCAACAACAACAACAGCAGCAACAGCGGUGGCGAACAGCUAAGUAAAACCAACCUGUAUAUCCGCGGCCUUCAUCCGGGUACUACGGACCAAGACCUGGUCAAGCUCUGCCAGCCGUAUGGCAAGAUUGUGUCGACCAAAGCCAUUUUGGAUAAAACUACCAAUAAAUGUAAAGGCUAUGGCUUUGUGGACUUUGACAGUCCGGCAGCAGCUCAGAAAGCUGUUACGGCUCUGAAAUCAAGUGGCGUCCAGGCGCAGAUGGCCAAACAACAAGAGCAGGACCCCACCAACCUGUACAUCUCCAACCUGCCGGUGUCCAUGGACGAGCAGGAGCUGGAGAGCAUGCUCAAGUCCUUUGGCCAGGUCAUUUCCACGCGCAUUCUGCGAGACGCCAACGGGACCAGCCGCGGUGUGGGAUUCGCCAGAAUGGAGUCCACAGAGAAGUGUGAGGCCAUAAUUCAACAUUUCAAUGGCAAAUUCAUCAAGACUCCACCGGGACUUCCAGUGCCCACAGAGCCCUUAUUAUGUAAGUUUGCAGACGGAGGUCAGAAAAAAAGACAGAACCAGGGGAAGUACCUCCCCAACGGAAGGCCCUGGGCCAGAGACGGAGAAACCGGAGGAAUGACGCUUGCGUAUGACCCCACAGCAUUACAAAAUGGCUUCUACUCGUCGUCGCCAUACAGUCUGACUCCCAACCGGAUGAUCGCCCAGACGUCGCUCUCACCUUACAUGCAUUCUCCUGUCUCAUCCUACCAGGUGCACAGCCCGUCCUGGAUGCACCAUCAGUCAUACCUCAUGCAGCCAGCUGGUACAGUUCUUACCCCAGCAAUGGAUCACGCUAUGUCCAUCCAGCCCACGUCUAUGAUGGGACCUCUCGCCCAGCAGCUAAGCCACCUGUCCCUGGGCAGCACGGGCACAUAUAUUCCGGCCAACACGACUAUGCAAGGGACAUACAUCCCUCAGUACACCCCAGUGCCUCCCUCCAAUGUCCCAGUAGAGGAGAAUGGUGGCCAACAGCAACAGGUUGCCAUGGAAACCCCCGCAGAACACACAAACUACUCAUACCAACACACCAAGUGAAGCUAAGCUCCAUGGGGUGGGGCCUAGGUCAUGUGAUGAAUCCAACCAAUCAGGGUUCUACUGAACGAGAACUGCGUACCGUCGCUAAGCAUCCGAACUUGAACAUGGAUGACAAAAGGAACGUGUACAUGUGUGCGAGAAUGUGUGUGUGUGUGGGUGUGGGUGUGGCUGUGGGUGUGUGUUUGUGUGUCUUUCUUUGUCUGUUUGUUUGUUUUUUCUUCCAUUUUAAAGAAACAAUACAACACGUCCGUCAUUGAAAGUUUCUGCUCACAAAUUGAACUACCAAAGGAGGUAAUCUUCUCCAGAGAAGAUCUGAUCUAUUUUGAUAACUGAAACGAGGAACACGACAAAAUGUUGGAGAGGGGGGGGAAAAAAAUCGUGAGGAUGGAAAAAAAACUUAGAGCGUUAUUUUUAUGCACGUAAUAUAACAAAUUCUUAUUUUUAAAAUGUGCAUUCUGGAUGUUUCAGAGUGAUUCAAGGAAAAAGAGUUAAAACACAAUGUGUCUUUUAUUUUUUUGUAAAAUAUGCAAACUUUUUAUUUCCCGAUGUCUGUUGUUUGACAUUCUAUUUGCAGCAGUGGGACAACAGUUUGUACAGGAUAAAAAAAACAAAAACACUUUUGCUGGAUAUCAAGUCAUUGCAACCGCGAGAGGCAAACCAUUUAAAGCUAACUUCUUCAUCUAACUGCUGCAGAGAUUUCUAUUCAUGCACAGAUGGUAGAAACCCAUUUUAUUUAUACUUUUUAAUCCUUAGUUUUUUUAAAGCAUGAAUGAACAAAAGACAAUCAAUUAUUUCUAUUUAUAUUUGACUUUUUUUUUCUCUCCAGAAUUUUUAGACCAUUUAAACCUUUAUACAAAAGACGUUAUUUAAUAGUGGGGCGUCUCUAAAGACUAUAAAGAAGCCACAGAGUGAUAAACUGACAUUUUGGGAUCUGUACUUUUGACCCGUUUCAGUCAGACCACUUCCGUCUCCACAUUUCUGCUACUAAUGGAAUAAGAUGUAAACAAAAGAAUAUUAAGUGAGAUGUGGAAUGCUUCAUUGUUCAUGAUUGUAGUAAAAUUCCCCAAGCAUUAAGAAUUCUUGAUGCAUUGUAGCGCAUUAAUCAGCCUCCAGCUCGUCUUGGGGGUUGGAGAGCUGUCUUGUGUUCACCUCGCUUUUCCUCAAACUACGAGGUGUUUGUAUUCAUGAAAACUGCUGAGCAUGUAAUCUAUAAUUUAGUAGCAAAUUGUGUGAAAAAAAAACAAGCGUUGACUUCAGCAAUAAUUUUAAUUAAUUCGACGAAGAUUGAGGAUUUGCUCGCAUACUUGCUUGCUAAACGAGCUAACGGUUACAAAGCAGCUUUUCCGUCUCACCGGCUGACACAUCUAUCAUUAUAUGUCAUAGAUCUGCAAAAAUAUAGAUAUAAAAAUAAUAAAUUACGUGAAAUUGCCUAAUUUCCUAUGGCCACAAUAUUUUCUUUGUAGUUGCAGGAUAUUUAAAAAAAAAAAACAUUUAUCUUUUUAUUCAUUUAUUUAUAUCAUAUUCCAUUCUAACUUGUGGAGCUGAGGCUAACACCGAGAAGAUACGGUUCUGACAUUACGGUCAAAAGGGAUUGGACACUGUUUUUGGUGGUUUGUUAGGUUUGAAUGUGAUCCGUGUACUGUGUAUGUGGUGCGCACAGGCUGUAGAUCAGCAUGACACCUGUUCACACUCCUCACGGCCAUAUUGAGAAGUGCUUUUAAGCGGUUUUGCUGAAGCAACUCUUCGAGCAUCAUUCGAUUGGUUCUCUUGCCGCAAAGAGGACGUGCAUCAGUGAAAUGACCGCAGUUGUUAAAUUGAGGGAACUCGAAGAUUUCCGAGUGAGUGCUUGCAAAGGGAGCUGUAGGUCUUUUCUUAAUGCUGCUGUUGUCACCUGAUUUUAAGUCAUUGAUUGGUUUGUUGUAGAAAGUUUUUUUCCUUUUGACUGUCAUUUGAAAACCUUUUAAGCUAACUUGCCUUAUUUUUGAUUAUCUUAGAAGUAGUUGACAUUUUAGCUGUCGCGAUAGCGUUAGAUGUUAGUUUGUAGGUGUUAGAUUUGCCGUUUUCUUGCUCAACAUUUGAUUCACGAGAAUCUCUGUUCCUUUUGUACCCGUGUUUGUGCCGUUGAGCCUUUUUGUAAAAAAAAAAUUUAAAAAAAAAGGAAAAAACGAAAAAUAGAAACCUUUGCAAGUGGACAGCUGAACCAAACUCUUGACUUUGUUUGCUGACUCGAAACAUUCAUACUGACGCUGCAUCAGUGUCGUAGCUCUAAAUGAGGCUACUGCAAGCCAUUGUAUCCAAACAAGUUUUCAUUUAUGCACACAUUACAAACUGUAAACAUCUUUACAAGAUUGAUCACUAGACCGUGAGUGCCAUUCGAGAGGGUAUUCAUGCCCCUUUUCCACUGCACUGUAUCAGAAAGAAAAAAAAAGAUUUAAAAAAACAACAACAUGGCAACAUCAGUUGAAGCAACACAUGCUAAUUGCUGACAAAGAAGCACAAGGCUUUCUUUUUACAUCACAGCGUUUGGCUGUUUUUAUUCAAAGAUGGGACGGGACGCAAUCGCUUCAUCAAAGUGCGUAAUAUAUCUGCAGCACCAAAGACUGUUAAUGUUAACAUGUUGAAAAGGGGCAUUAGUACCUUCAAUUAGUGAUACAAAGUAAUCUGGAAAUCUUAAUAUUCUUUCUUUGUGUGAACUGCCUCAAAAUUCCAUGGGAUUGUCACUACAUAUGACAGCAACCAACUUGUUGGGAAGCCAUUGAGUCAACAAUUAUUUUGGUUGGCCGGAGCAAAGCCGUUCGUCAGGUUUGGCUCCAGCAAAAAAAAAAAACACACAAAAAAAACCCCGCUGACUUUAUUUUUUGUUUAUUUGUUCCCUGUCUGUUUGCUAUAUUGUUCAUUUGUGCUACCAAAGAUGUUGUCGUCACCCACACAUUCACGCUCAUAUGUUGCUCUCAACAAGACGUGCGAUGCGAGUCGGACAAACUGCUUUUGUCGAUAGUGAAUGACUCAGAAGGACGAUGGCGUUUUCAUGCACUCUGAAUCCAAAGUGCGGCUAUUUUUCUCAUUUGGAAAGUAAAUGGAAAGUACCAUACUUCUGUAAAGCAUUUGCUCUGACUCUAAAGUAGGGUUAUUUUUCUCAUUUAGAAAGUAAAUGGAAAGUACCAUACUUUGUAUAAAGCAUAUGCGAGAAGGCUGCAGUGCGUGUCAACACGCUCCAAAUGAAAGUGGGCUUAGCAUGCUUCCAGGAGGAGCACAUUGUGCAGCUUGAGAGCACAUUUUGUACAUAGUACCACACCUUUUCUUGACAUUGUUUUUUUUUCUCGUGUGAAUUUGUUUUCAUGACUUUUGUUGUUGUUGUUGUUGGAUAAACUGUCCAGAUCACACAGGGGGCUAGCAAUUGGUCCGAAUCAAUCGCACCAUGAAGGACUAUGUCAUGGCAAACGUUCGUAUGAGAGACAAGGUAUACUGUAUUCGAUGUGUUAGCCACCACUUUGAACACACACACAUACACUCAAAAGGAUUUUGGAACUAUGAAAUGACGACUUUGUUACAAUGCAGUGUUUAUUUAUUUGAUCGUUUUUCUACCAAAUUAUAAGCAAACCUAACGUUAAGUUUAUUUUGAUGCUGGAAAAUGAAUUUGCAUCAUGAAAAGUUACUGGUAGUAUGUCAAACUCUAUUCUGAUGGAUGGUCCACAGUUUCUCUCCAUGCACUUAAAAGUCCUUCCACCAAUUUGAUAAAUGGUCAUCUGAAAAGAGAUUGAUGGCUUAUUUCAUAGCUUCAAAAUGUUUUGCUGCUAAAACAGGACGUCUCAACAGGUUGUAGGUUGCUGCCCUGUCUGCAUUUUCUGAAUCUUUAGUUUUGGUAUUACAUCGACAAAGCUAUCAUUUGCAUAUUCACUGGUAAAAGUGUAAUCUUUUAAAAAAAAAAAACAUGAAUCAGAUUUUGAAAAUGCACUGGUUGCCUCCCGCUUCCUGCUUGUGAACAGUUUUCUUAUUUAUACAAGAACUCAUUUUGUACAGUUUUGUUAGAGGAAAGAGCUUUUGAUAUGUGGUUAUUUUGCUAGCCACUUGGCUACUGUUGUCUUCCUGUGCCAGAGUUUUUAAAAUUGUCUGUAACUUGCCUUUUUUUUUUUUUUUUAAUAUUUUCCUUCUGUCUUGGAUUUGUCUUUGAUUUGAAAAUGUCCAUUGUACUUUUUUUUAAUAAAAAGCUUUGUUCCAACUA